AUCUAAGAAUCUGUAAUUUAUUUUGAAAAUGUGUAAUUACCAUUUGGACGUAAGUGUAGGUUGAGGCUAGCAAUGUAAAAUUCUCGCUGCUCUUUCAUGCUAUAUGUUGAUUGAAAAAAUCUAUUGAAGAAAGAAAAACAAUAAAAGUUAUUUCUGAUACAUUCUGUUACUUCCACGUAACAUUUUCUACAAAACAUCCCCCUUGUACUUACGUACAUAUGUAUAUAUUACAGUAUCAGAGAAGAGUGUAGCUUCGUUUUAUUUCACGUAAUAUUAGAUACACGAUUCACUAUCAUUAAAACAAAGUAAAACACUUAUAAAGUCAAUGUGUAUUUAAUAUUCCGGAAAUUUCACUUCAAACUUACGCGACACAUCCUUACUUUACUGUACUUUCAAAUCUACUAACGUUAACGUUCACUGUACUUCUAUAUUGUAACUAUAUCGAUUAUUAUCGAUUGUAGCAUCUAGUGACUGAAUCUGUCAAUGUUCAUAAUAUUGUAUUAGAGUUUAGUUAAAAUAAAAAGGAAUUGAUGCAUAUGUAUUGUCAAUAUUGUAAAACAAACUAAGUGAUAUAAUAAAUAAGUAAAUCAAAGUAUCCAAAUAACCAGAACAGAGAGAACAUGUUAAGGUUAUAAAUUUUACUCUGAAAAGAUAUUUAUAUCUCUUGUUUCUAAAUAAUAUUGCUCUAACCGGAGAUAAAAAACAAAACAAAAAAUGACGAAAGUUAUUGAAUUAUGUCCUGAUAGGGAUUUAAUAAACUUAAAAUUUGAAAAAUAUCAGUUUUGUACUGAUGAAAUUCCAAUAGAGACCGAGAUAGAUUUGAAAACAGACGUAUAUAGAUUAGAACUGACAACAAACCGGGAUUCCCUUUUAGAAACCCGAUUGUUUGCAUUUCAUAAUCAUUUAUUCAAAAAUCCAUACGACACGUCAGUUUGGUUUAUAGAUAAAAAUUGGGUUGUGUGGCGUUUUAAAAACGAUAAACAUUUAGAACAAGUACACGUAAUUCAUGAUUCAAGUGAAAAGCUACAGAAUUUUUUGUACAAUCCUUCAAUCGGAUUUACUAGCAAUGAUAUCGUUGUACUCUCUGAUGGCAACAACUGUUUAAACUUAUUAAUAACAGACACUCAAGAACAUGUCAAAUCUUUUAUAUUAAAUGAUGCCGAACCUGGAGUUAUAUUAGAUGUACAAUAUGUGAAUGCUGCAGCUACUGUCAUGAUCGUGAUGUGUGAUAUCAAAAGUACAAGUGAAAAAAAAAUUACAAGACUUUUGUUGCUAACAUAUAGUUGGAAAAAUGUAGGAAGUAAAGAUGAGUACUUUGAACUAACUAAUAAAGAAGCUUUAAAUGUAAAUGGUGCAGUGGAAUAUGUAUAUAUAGAAAAAUGUGGGAAAUAUUUACAUUCCAUUUGUCAAGAUUAUAUAACGUUUGAACGUCCAAAAACAAAGCAAUCUACUAAUAGUAAUAAAAAUACAGAAAAGACUGGAGAACUAAAUAUUCCAAAAUAUUGUUGGUCUCAAGAUGAGGAUUUAAUAACAGUUUGGCUUACUAUUGAUAAGCAACAUCAUGAUAAAGUUAAAGUAAACGUAACACCGUUAGAACUGUCAGUGACAGUGAAUGGUAAAGUAUUAAUCAAAGGACAAUGCCAACACAAACUAGAUGAAAGUUUAACAACGUGGAAAUAUGAACAAGAUACAUUUAAACUUGAAUUAUACAAAUACGAAAGUGGUUUGAUGUGGAAUGAAUUAAUUAAAGGUGACACUGGUGGAGAGCGUUUACCUAAUGAAACUUUGGCUGCUGAAAUUCACUCUAGAUUGGCGCAUUUAUGUACAAACCAAAUGGAUAAUAAACAAGGUCAACCUUGUUUGGGAUUUAAUGCUGAACAACUUGAAGAAUGUGAUCUUGAAGGAAAAGACAAUCUUUUGCAAAGAAUUGACCUGAUUACACAAGAAAAUACUCAUUUAGCAAUGCUUGGAGUAAAUAAUCAUGUAUUAUAUACAUAUAAAACAAAAUCUGGACAAGCAAUAUGUUUAAGACAUGAUAACGACGGCUGUUUAUGGAUAGCUGGUGAAGUGAAUGAUUCUGAUUGGAAUAUAAAGCACCAUUACACUUUUUCGGGAUUUGGAUAUGUUGAGGCAAGUAAAAGUAACAAGAAGUUUUGUCUUUCCCCUUCAGAUGGUUCGUAUGUAGCCAUACUUGAGCACACAAGAUAUAUAUUUCUUUAUAAAAGACCUGAAUCAAAUGUUGAAAUUGGAAAACAAUGGAUUGUAGAUCUAGCCAUGGAAUCUUGUCCCAUUAUGGGAGCAACUGCUACAAAUAAAUAUCUAAUAAUUUUAACUAAAAACAAAUUCUAUCGGUUAAACAUGUAUGAUAUAAUUACAAAAUAAAUUGUAUUCAUUUAAUA